AUGAGUUAUGUUGAUCGUGGAAUUUUCGUUACUCAGAAACCAUACAAGGAUAGUUCACAGCCAAUUGGUGAUAAUGUCAAAAUCUUGGCACCUCAUGUAGCAAGUCUGGUAUCAUUCUUUAAGUCCGGUUAUCGUUCAUUAUGGCAUAUCGUGGAAGUGAAACAAUUGACGAAAGGCUUGAUACAUGAUUUGAAAUGCUUUAUUCCUGAUUGCCUUACUCCACAACGCAUCAAAGCGUGUGCAGGAGUUGUCAGUCAUGCGAUUAUUGGAGUUUGGGCAGAAAUACUUGCUUAG